UUGGUUGUUUUUUUUUUUAUUGACAAUUGUUGUUCGUGAUUGUUGAUGUUGAUCCAUUAAUUGUAUCGAUUUCCUUUGCUCAUCAUCGCCAAACGUCAUGACGGACAAACAAUUGGAUCAUGCACUGGAUUUGAUGCGUCGUUUGCCGCCUCAACAGAUCGAACGUAACCUCGGUCAUUUGCUCGAUCUGGUACCCGACCUAUGUGAAGAUUUACUAUCGUCGGUGGACCAGCCGUUAAAGGUGGCUCGAGAUAAACAAUCGGGCAAGGAAUAUCUUCUCUGUGAUUACAACCGAGAUGGCGAUUCUUACAGGUCUCCAUGGAGCAAUCAAUACGAUCCACCGCUCGACGAUGGCAACGUGCCAUCGGAAAAACUACGUCAGUUGGAGAUUGAUGCCAACCAUGCGUUUCAUUUGUAUCGGGAGAUGUAUUUCGAAGGAGGCGUUUCUUCCGUCUAUUUCUGGGAUCUGGAUCACGGUUUCGCCGGCGUCAUUCUCAUCAAGAAAGUGGGCGAUGGCUCCAAGAAGAUCAAAGGCUGUUGGGAUUCGAUUCACGUGGUCGAAGUGCAAGAGAAAUCGGGUGGCCGUAACGCCCAUUACAAACUCACUACGACGGUCAUGCUCUGGCUCCAGACCAACAAACAGAGCUCCGGUACGAUGAACCUGGGCGGCAGUCUGACACGACAAAUCGAAGGCGACAGUGCUGUUACCGAUGCUUUUUCGCACAUAGCCAACAUUGGCAAGAUGGUCGAGGACAUGGAGAACAAGAUCCGUUCGACGCUCAAUGAGAUUUAUUUUGGCAAGACGAACAACAUCCUCAAUGGUCUACGGUCGGUGAAUUCGUUGAUUGAGCUCAAAGCACAGGAAGCGGUCAAAACGGAACUGGCACAAGCGCUACAGAAACGGCAAAAGGAAUAGUGUGUGUCCCCAAGAUGUUCAUGUUUUCUUUUUUCUUCUUUUUCUUUAAUCGUGUAUAUUGUUCCAACUAAUGAUCGAAUCACCGAAAUGUAACACAUGUGGAUAAGAUGAUACAAUGAUACAAUACAAGUUGAGAAUUUUAUUCAA